CUCGCGGAAAGGGGUCAGUGGAUAAAAUGCGUACAAUGCGGACCAUUUGCAAUGUGCAAUAAAUUCUCAAUGCGAGCGGAUGGUUGCUCCAGUGGUCUGAAGGACAAAAGCCGUUUCCAAAAUGUCAUCAUCAACAAUUAUCGCUUCCUGUCUCUUCAUCCUGCUGCCAACGAUUAAUUCAAUCGCAGCAUCAGAGCCAACAUCUGUCACAACCUCAGUCCAAGUUGUCUCUGGAGUUGAAGCAGAGCAUCUCGCCUACAAGUGGACAAUCAAGAAUGUCACUCUACAUCCGCUGAUCUUCGGAUGCAUUCGUUCGCCGGCCUUCAAGACCCAAAACGGGAAUCUGAGCUUUUGGUUCAAGCUCUUCCCAGACAGCUCCACGCUAAAUCAUGAAUAUUCCAGUAAGUCAGGGACAGUUCAGCUAUCCACGUAUUCUCCAAUGAGUGAAAAUGCAACGGUCGUCGUAGACGGAAACAUUGUGAUGUUUCACUCCGAAGAAAUAAUAGCCAAUGUGUCAUUAGCGGGAGCACGUAUCGGUCCAGGUUUCCGUGGAUAUAAAUUUCAAUAUCACCCGAUGAGUCCAGGCCUGAGAACAUCUGCAUUCAAUUCUGCGUCCACAGUCACGAUAUAUUGUAAUAUCGAUAUGCCGUUGAAGACGAUUACCAAAGUGAUCAGUGCCUCGAAGCCUCAAGCAUCGGAACCUCAGGCAUCGGAUAAUUCCCAAACAAAACAACUGACUCAAGAUUUUCGACGGCUCCUACAGAACGAGAACUUUACCGAUGUCCUCCUUGCUGCAGGAAUUCAUAGAUUACCCGCUCACAAAUUUGUUUUGGCGGCUCGAAGUCCUGUAUUCGCAGAUAUGAUAAAGCACGCGCCGCGCAAUGAAAGCGAUUCGCUCACACUCCGGGUUGACUACAUGGAGGUGGACGAGGUGAAGGCUAUGCUGGAGUACCUUUACACUGAUAGCAUCUCCAACCUUACUGAUGUCGUAAUGGUACGUGGGCUAUUGGCUGCCAGUAAUAGGUUCCAAUUGCCAGGAUUAUCAACUAUCUGCAAAAAUGUACUGCAGAAGCGACUCAGUGUAGAUACUGCUGCUAAUACCUUGGUGUAUGCCGAUCGUUAUGAGCUUGAUGAAUUCAAAAAGAAUGUAACGGCAUUCAUAAAGGACCAUUUCCAGGAUGUGCGUAAGACAAAAGGGUACAAGCAGCUGAAGGAAGAGAGCCCUCAACUGCUGAUGGAACUACUCGUUUCUAUUACUGAGGGUAUCUAAAAAGCUAGGAGCCACUGAACUCGUCUGUAACUAAAUAGACUUACCCAAUUUCCCCAUUUUUUCAGUGUUUGUGCGUCAGAUAAGACGACCGUUCAAUUUUUUCCUCAGACUUCUUAACGCAUUCGGCCACUAACUAUACUUGAAGAAUAUUUAAUUCACAAAUUUAAUGAAAUGGUAAUGAUGUAAUGAGAAAAUUAUAAAAAAUAUAGUUCUAUAAAUUAAA